UCAAAUAAACAAAAUGUAGAUAUAAUUCUCGAAAUCAAGAACUAUUACUACAAAUAUUUGAAAUUUGCAUGAAUACGGUAUACUCAUCCUGUUCAAUAAGAGUAUUCUAAACCCAAAAAAGUACUUAAGAAUUCAUACCAAGACUGACUAAUUUAUCUUUCUCGAAUAAUACUAAAUCUCUUUAAUAGUUUGUUUUUUCUUAUUGUUUUAUUUUAUCAGAAUAUCAAAUAUUUGCAAGCGCUUCAAAGUAUAGUCACUUAUAUGACACUUACGCAAGAUCAUUGCGUAAAACCAUCUUACCAUCGAGGAGAGAUAUGCGAGUUAUCAGAGACAACGCCAAUUUGCCGAGCGGACUCGAAGACGCAGAACCCGGGUUCGAUCUCACCGAUGAAGAAAUGAAGAAAUUUAAAAUUUGGCCACAGGGAAAUAUUCCCUAUUACAUUGAUGAUUUCUCUUUCGAUAAAGUACUCCGGGACAGAAUUCGUAAUUACCUUGACCUUACAAACCGUGUAACUGGACUGAGAUUCAUGGAGCUGCCAAAACCACCGACCGACGAGAAAACAAGAUGGGUCCUUUUUGUCAACCGUCAAGGUCUUCUCAAUUGCGCUGAUCACUCUAUUAAAGAUUUUAGUAACGAAGGAGUGCAGAAGGUAAUUUUGGGAUAUGACUGCUUGGUAACUGGCGGUGAACUCGCAGAAGCUAUACUUGCCUUGGCUGGAGUACCACCCCAGCACAAUUCUCCCGACCGCAAUGAAUAUAUUACAAUAGACCAUGAAAAUAUUUUACCAGAAAAAGAUCAUCUGUUUCAAGCUGUCAAUGACAAUGAAUGGUUGUUUCAUGAUAUACCUUACGACUAUCUAAGCGCUGGCCAUUAUCAUUUUCAUAAAUAUACCAAAAAUGGUUAUGCUACUAUAGAAGUAAAGGUGUGUUUGUUCAUAAAUUUGAUAAUUUGACCACAAAAACAAUUGUA